AAUGUACCGAACUCUUAUUGGGGAACGCUGCCGUCGCUCGGGCGGUGGCGGGCUCCGGGAUUGGCGGGUACUAGGCGGGCGGUGUCAGGCUCUCGGUGGCGGCGGAGGCGGCGGAGGCCAGGGAGGAAGAUGUCGUAAUGAGCGAUCCACAGACCAGCAUGGCUGCCACCGCCGCUGUCAGCCCCAGUGACUACCUGCAGCCCGCUGCCUCCACCUCCCAGGACUCCCAGCCAUCUCCCUUAGCCCUCCUUGCUGCAACAUGUAGCAAAAUUGGCCCCCCAGCUGUUGAAGCUGCUGUGACACCUCCUACUCCCCCACAGCCCACACCACGGAAACUGGUCCCCAUCAAGCCGGCCCCUCUUCCUCUUAGUCCCGGCAAGAAUAGCUUUGGAAUCUUGUCCUCCAAAGGAAACAUACUUCAGAUUCAGGGGUCACAGUUGAGCACGUCCUACCCUGGGGGGCAGCUGGUGUUCGCCAUCCAGAAUCCCACCAUGAUCAACAAAGGGACCCGAUCAAAUGCCAACAUCCAGUACCAAGCGGUUCCUCAAAUUCAGGCGAGUGGUUCCCAGACCAUCCAGGUACAGCCCAAUCUUACCAAUCAGAUCCAGAUCAUCCCCGGCACCAACCAAGCCAUCAUCACGCCCUCACCGUCCAGUCACAAGCCUGUCCCCAUCAAGCCAGCCCCUGUGCAGAAGUCGAGCACCGCCACCACCCCCGUGCAGAGCGGGGCCAACGUGGUGAAGUUGACAGGUGGGGGUGGCAACGUGACACUCACUCUGCCUGUCAACAACCUCAUGAACACCAGCGACACCGGGGCCCCCACUCAGCUCCUCACGGAGAGCCCCCCUGCCCCACUGUCUAAGACUAACAAGAAAGCCAGGAAGAAGAGUCUUCCUGCCUCCCAGCCGCCGGUGGCCGUGGCCGAGCAGGUGGAGACGGUGCUGAUCGAGACCACCGCAGACAACAUCAUCCAGGCGGGGAACAACCUGCUCAUCGUUCAGAGCCCCGGCGGGGGCCAGCCGGCUGUGGUCCAGCAGGUCCAGGUGGUGCCCCCCAAGGCCGAGCAGCAGCAGGUGGUACAGAUCCCUCAGCAGGCCCUGCGGGUGGUGCAGGCCGCAUCUGCCACCCUCCCCACGGUUCCCCAGAAGCCCUCCCAGAACUUUCAGAUCCAGGCGGCUGAGCCGACGCCUACUCAGGUCUACAUCCGUACGCCUUCCGGUGAGGUGCAGACAGUCCUGGUUCAGGACGGUUCCCCAGGAACAGCCGUGACCACCUCCACCACCACUUGUAGCAGCCCCGCGUCCCGGGCUCCCCAUCUGAGUGGGACCGGCAAAAAGCACUCUGCUGCGAUUCUCCGGAAAGAGCGCCCCCUGCCAAAGAUCGCCCCCGCCGGGAGCAUCAUCAGCCUGAAUGCAGCGCAGCUGGCCGCAGCGGCCCAGGCCAUGCAGACCAUCAACAUCAACGGCGUCCAGGUCCAGGGUGUGCCGGUCACCAUCACCAACACAGGAGGCCAGCAGCAGCUGACGGUACAAAAUGUUUCUGGGAACAACCUGACCAUCAGUGGGCUGAGCCCCACCCAGAUCCAGCUGCAGAUGGAGCAGGCUCUGGCCGGAGAGACGCAGCCUGGGGAGAAGCGGCGCCGCAUGGCCUGCACCUGUCCCAACUGCAAGGAUGGGGACAAGAGGUCUGGAGAGCAGGGCAAGAAGAAGCACGUGUGCCACAUCCCUGACUGCGGCAAGACUUUCCGGAAGACGUCCCUGCUGCGGGCCCAUGUGCGCCUGCACACCGGCGAGCGGCCCUUUGUCUGCAACUGGUUCUUCUGUGGGAAGAGAUUCACGCGGAGCGACGAACUCCAGAGGCACGCACGCACCCACACAGGGGACAAGCGCUUCGAGUGUGCCCAGUGUCAGAAGCGCUUCAUGAGGAGUGACCACCUCACCAAGCAUUACAAGACUCACUUGGUCACGAAGAACUUGUAAGGCCAACUGAGGCGGGAGGCCAGAAGAUAUGCCCUCGUGUCUGUGUCCUGCCCGGCCCGGGCUGAAAGGAGGCCUGCGUCCUCCGCGGGCCUGACCUCGGCCCCUCCUUCCUCGUCUGCAGCUGUCCCUACGGGACGGGGCUCUGCUGCCCGUCACCUGCCCCCUUCUGGCUCCACCCUGACCCUUCCCUCUCACCAUGCGCUCCCGGCCUGCCCAGACCAUGGACACUGGCCGUGCCCAGUGAGACGUUCUAAAUCAGGACGAGUGGGAACCCUUAUUUCCAAAGGAAAAACAUGAAUUUCACUCCGUCGAGGAGCAAAGUGAGCCCCCUCCCUCCCCAGCACUGCCGGAGUCGCACCCGUGCCAUGCCCCUCCCCUCUUCCUGCACCUUCCCGGCCCUCCAGCCACCACGGGUCCCCGGCCCUGCCCCAGGGCACCAUGGCAUCCACCUCAGAGAGGCUCAAGAGGCUGCCGCCGCUCCACACGCCAGGCCUGCCACAGCUCCCCUCCAGCACAUUCCAACUUUCUAUUUAAAAGUCAAGCUCCCCACAGACUCCCUGACUCUCCUCUUUUUCUAUGGAGAACGUUGCCUUAUACUCUACUUCAGAUGAUGAACACUGUGUAUUGUGUGUGCUUUAAAGUUUUAUUUAAUUGCUCCCUUCUUCCUGUCCUUGUUACUCACCUCCCCCAUGCCUGCUUUCCGUUUAGGGUUUUGGGGGGCAAUGAUGAGCAUAUGAAUUUUUUUCUCUAGCAAUUCUCUUUUCUAAAUGACACGGCAUUUCAACUCAAAUCUGGAUUCAGAUUAACACCUUCAUGUCCUGAACCUCUCCCCCUCAUCUCACCCCCCACCAGCCCCAACUCGACUUGUGUACAGUGUAUAUUGUAUAAUAGACAAUUGUGUCUACUACAUGUUUAAAAAAACAUAUUGCUUGUUAUUUUUGAGGCUUUUAAAUUAAACAAAAAUCCAACUUUAUUUUUAGUUGUAACUGCUUGAGGUAUGUUUUAUGAAUGAAGUGACAGAUUUGUUAUCCUUUAUUAACAAUGUACUUUGUUGGUCAGCACUGGGCUGACAAAAAUUUUUUCUUGCUAAUAAAUUUAGUUGCCUGAGGCAAAAUCU